AUGCCUGCACCGACAUAUAUCAUCUCCCGCGCUGCGGAUCCAAUUUUCGGUGUUUUGAUUGGCCUUUCAGCCGCUGCAACCAGAAUCAACCGUGAAGAAAAGGACAAAGGUCAAACAACUCAACAGACUCUUGAAGCUGCACGACGACGAGUUGGACUUUCUUCCAAGUCUUCGUAA